AUGGCGACGACAGACGCAACAACCGACAAGCCAAAGAAGGCUGUCAAGGUCCUUCGCCUCAACCUCUACCACUCCAACCCCAAGAUUCUCUUUGACCUACCUCGAGAAAUCCGAGAUAGAGUCUGGUCCUACGCCCUAACAGAGCCAACCCUGUACAACAAACGCCACAAGCCAGGCUGCGCAUUCCACAACCACGCCGCCUCCAACCAAAUCCCCCCACCCCUACUCCACUACACCGACGGCCGCGCCUACAGCCAGCCCUUCGGCACAGACGCCACCGAUCUCGCACGCUGCAGGAACUCCUGCGUCCGCCGCCAAGGCUUCGGCCUACUCAAAGCCGUCAACAAGCAAAUCCAACGCGAAGCCUCCGACGUCUUCUGGGCAAACAACACCAUCACCUUCCCAGAAUACAUCAUCAACAUCGGCCAACGCCGGACCCUCAUCCCCGCCCUCCAAGCCAUCCCGCCCGCCGCCCUCCCCCGAAUCCGCCGCCUCGCCCUCUGGGAAAUCGAAGACUUCGCCGGCGUCGGCACGUACGCCUACACCCGCGCCAAGAUCUUCGACGUCCUCGCGACGAUGCCGAACCUCACGCACCUCGAAAUCCCCUCCGUGCUGCUCGACGCGGCGGAGCAAGACAAGAUCUUCGCGUUGCCGAAGUUGGAGACGUUCCGCACGUAUGCCCUGCGCCAGGUCGGGCUCGGGGACGAGUUCAUCCCGAUUUACAUCGCCGCUGGGAGGGAGUUCACCCUCCCCUCCUGCCGCUUCUUCGCCUGUGCUUCCAAGGAAACCCCUUCGCGCCCGAAACCCCUCGCGCAUUGGUGCGUGGCGUGCCAGAAGACGCGGGAGGAGAUCUUCUCGCUCAUCACCACGCUCAACCGCCACCGCGCGAGGUGGCAGGAUUGGACGGAACACGCGCUCGUCAAACUCUCCCGUCUCGAACCCGCGCAGCCCGGCGAGGAACCUUAUACUCUCCACGCCAAGCUGGGCGGCCAGAAAGACCACGAGAUGUGGGUGUGGGGUCUCCCGAUCCACUCCGCGGCGACACGGGCCGCGGAGGCGAGGAAGGCGGCGAAGAGGGAGAAUCUCGCGAGUCUUGCGCGGAAGGCGGGGAGGGCGCCGGUGUGGUAUGAGGAGGAGGGGUUCGAUGCUGAUGGGGAUUUUGCGGUCAUCGGUGCGAGGUGUGCGGGAAGGCAGAGGAGGGCGGUGGAGAAGAGGGUGGAUCAUGGGAAGUUGUUGGAGGAGAGGGGGAAUCGGUUGAGGAAUGUGGCGGAGAAGGAGAGGGUGAGUUUGAAGAAGAGUGUGGCGAGUUUGGAGGGUGAGAGGAGGGUUGCUGAGGAGGAAGUUAGGGGGGAGAGGAAGAUGGCCGGGAAGAGGAGUGGGAGGAGGAAAGAGUGA